CCCCAUGGCGUGCUGGAAUUAUGCCCAGCAUUUCUUGCUGGAGCUCAUUCCCUUUGCUUACUAUAAAGCAACCCCCUUUUUGUUUCUCUCUACAUGACUGCUUUUCACAGAGAGAGAGAGAGAGAGAGAGAGAGAGAGAGAGAGAGAUUCAGAAGCACGAGUCUGGGACUUGUUUCCAUCACUGCCUCAACUAGAAAACAAGCAACAAAAAAGCACCCAUCAUCGGUUUGUGCAGCAUGGAAGUGAAGCGAGAGAGAGAGAGAAAGAGAGUAAUAUAUGUUGGAAUGAUUAGUUUAUUAGUGUCCCAAUGAUUGAGUUCUCCUUGCAUAUAGAGAGAAACUCGCCCAGAGUCUCACAAAUCAAGUUCCAAAAACUAGACACGAGGAGAUGAAGCCCAUGAACAGUGAUGAUGCAGGGAGCAGCCAUUGGUUGGGCUUCUCGCUCUCCCCUCACUUGAACAUGGAGGCCUCCCACUCUUCUUACCACCGCCAACGGCAGAACCAAGCGCCUGUCGACUCUGCAUUUGGUCUCUCGCCUCCGAACCUUGACCAUGGCCUGUUGAGGGGAGUUGAAGGUGAAAGCUUUGGCUCAUGCUCUGCAUUGUCUGUAAUGCCACUCAAGUCUGAUGGGUCUCUCUGCCUAAUGGAAGCUCUCCACAAGUCACAGGCUCAAGCUUGUGCUACUCCACAACUGGAGGACCUCUUCAGUGGUGCAACCAUGAGCCAUGACUUAGAAAAGUUGUACCACCUGGAAGACCCACAGGAUCACGGGCACAACCACCAAAAUCACCUCAACCACAUCUACUGGAGAAGGCAACACCAAGCCCAAGCUCAAUCCCAACACUACCGCCAUCUCUGCUCUGAAGAACUCACGAGCUGUAACCCCCUUCAACACAUUCCUUCGAACAAUGCAAUGGAGAUCAAUAUGAUGAAUGGAAGCAUGAUGGGUCAUGGUGGGUCAGGAUCUUGUCCUGUAAGCACAAUGACAUCUGGUGAUUCACACUCGUUGAGCUUGUCGAUGAGCCCUCAGUCACAGCCAGGCAGCAUCACGAGCUCGCAGCAGAUAGCUGACACGAUAGCAGAGUGCGUUGCCCUGGAGACCAAGAACAGAGGGUUUGACAAUUGCAAUCAGAAGAAGAUAGUUCAUAGGAAAUCUCUAGAUACUUUUGGGCAGAGAACCUCUCAGUACAGAGGUGUUACAAGACAUAGAUGGACAGGUAGAUAUGAAGCUCAUUUAUGGGAUAGCAGCUGCAAGAAAGAAGGGCAGAGCAGGAAAGGAAGACAAGUGUACCUUGGAGGGUAUGAUAGGGAAGAAAAGGCUGCAAGGGCUUACGAUCUCGCAGCGCUCAAGUACUGGGGACCGUCAACCCAUCUGAAUUUCGCUUUGGAUAACUAUCAGCAAGAACUGGAGGAAAUGAAGAACAUGAGCAGACAGGAAUAUGUUGCUCACCUUAGGAGAAAAAGUAGUGGAUUUUCAAGAGGUGCUUCCAUGUAUAGAGGAGUCACAAGACAUCAUCAGCAUGGACGUUGGCAAGCUCGGAUAGGCCGAGUUGCGGGGAACAAAGACCUCUAUCUUGGAACUUUCAGCACUCAAGAAGCAGCAGCGGAGGCCUACGACAUUGCCGCCAUAAAAUUCCGAGGAGCAAAUGCGGUGACUAAUUUCGACAUCUCGAGGUACAAUGUGGAGCAGAUCAUGGCAAGCAGCACCCUUCUCCCCAGAGAAAUGGCCAGACGCGACAAGGAGGUCGCGACCAGGUUCAUCAAUGAAGCUUCUGGUCACUGACCUGCUGACCAAAAAAGGCAACGGCCACACCUUGGUCAUCAGUCUAUCUACCAAACUAGCCGGAACAAAGGAGACCGUUGUCUUCCUAAUUGGCACCUGAUGUAGGAGAAUUACCCGAGGUGGCCGCACUCUCAUGGAAUUCUUCCUCGUUGUUGACGAGCUUGAGAAGCUCACGAGAAGAGAGUCCGCCAUUGACCAUUUAAAACUCAGAUCCAACUACCAUCCCAAUUGAGGACUCUUCCUAGGUUGCCACUUUCACUUAUUCAACAGACUGAUUGAUUUUUCUCUUUCACUAUGGCAAUAUGUUCUUUUCUUUUUGCAUGGAAAGAGAUGGGAUGAUGUACUUUUUCAGGUACAUUUUCUGGGUUGGAGAAAAGUGUUUGUGUGGGGGUCCAUUCAAUGGAAGGAAAUUCUAAAAUUGCAAAGUCAAUGCAUCUCAUUGAUCA